CAUCUCUACCUCCCUCAUCUCCCUCUUACCUUUAGAUUUUUUGACAGACCACCUCAUUUCUCUCCCUGCUUCCCACUCCUGCCUCCCCCCUUCUAUUUCCCCCUCACCCCUCUCUUGGCUUUCACUCUCGCAUUAUCUCUCGCUCUGUAUUCCACCUCCCUCAUCCUCUCUCUGUCACUGCUGGAGAGCUGCAGGCAGACACAGGCAGCAUGCACUAAUGUUACUAUAUUUGACAAAGCACACACACACACACACACACUCACACGGCUGCAUACACACACAGAAAAGAAAAGCAACCAGCACUUUCAGACACAUGGGAGACGAGCUCAUACACAUUGGGACGCGUGCUGAGAGCUGGAAUCACAAACAUAGCGACACACAGAAAAGGCGAAGCGCAUGACGCCAGCAACCUAAUGCCGUUGUCGCUCUUUCUCUCUCCCAGACACGCUCUCCUUCUUUUUCACACACACUCACGCCUCUCAGACACACAGCAGCGCACGAGCCAGCAAGCAGGACAGCACUGGACAUGUCAUUCACGCGGGGAAAAGAUCAGAAGGAAAGGAUUAACUAUCUCCAGCCCUCUACAUCUAAGGAUCUUAUCCUCCCAUCACUCCUCUAAGCCUCUCUUUACCUCCGUUUUUCCAACAAUCCCUCUAUUUUUGAAAACAAUCCCUCCUUUUUCACCAAUCAUUGGGGUUUGGUGCCUGUACUGAAAGAAGGAUUAAUGCUCUGAUAUUCCUUUCACCACAAUCUUGAGCUGAUGGAUGGACAUUUCUGCUUCGAUGUUUCGUCCCUUGGGAAAUUCGUGAUCUUUUGUUUUUCAGACAGGGUUUUUGGAUGAAUGGGCGAUGACGGAAAGCUGCAAUACUGCUACUGACUGAAACAUUUGGUGAACAGACAAAGUGCACGCUGUGAGGGAGUAGGUGCUGAAAAUGUCAGCCUUUUGGCUGUUUCCUGGACAAAGAAAACACAAACCAAACGCACUGUGACAGGGAUGUUUGGGUUUGAAGGAAAAGCCCGAUAAAGGUGAUUGCUGCAGUUGUUCUCAGUCCCCGUCCCACAGGAGGCUGCAGGCAUGGCAGCUUGACCCUCUUCACCACCGCACUCCUCAGACAGAGGAAGGCCGCAGAGCCCUGUGUCAUGCCCCCUUACACCCACCCCCCUGGGGGCCAUGGCCUACCCGGACCUGUCUUCAGCAUCCUCAGCCUCCUGGCGACGCUGAUGUUGCCAGCCUCCUCCUGCCCUCCAUCCUGCUUCUGCUCGUCAGACAGCCUAGUGGUGGACUGCGGGGGCCGAGGACUCCACUCCCUCCCUCCUAUGCACCUCCUGCCUCCUAGGAGCCGCUCCCUACUGCUGGCCGACAACAAGAUCGCUUCACUGGGAGCCUCUGCCUUUGCUAACCUCUCCACUCUGGAGGAGUUGGAUCUCUCUAACAACUACCUGGAUAAUUUACCUGCUGGAUUGUUUAAAGACAUGUCAAACUUAACCAGACUGACUCUACGCAACAACUCACUGACAGUCACAGACAUGGACCUCUUCCAGGGUUUAGGUGGUCUCCAGAGUUUGGACUUGUCCUUGAAUGGCCUGUUCUCAAUUCCAAUAGGCCUUCUGGACGAGCUGCAGAGCCUGAGGUGGCUCUCACUGGCAAGUAACAGGCUUCAUGGUUUGGAGAGGGCAGCAUUUGAGCCGCUGGCCAACCUGCAACACCUGGAACUGGGACACAACCCCUGGGAAUGUGACUGCAACCUACGUGAUUUCAAACACUGGAUGGAGUGGCUGCUGUACCGAGGGGGCAAGGUGGACGAGCUGGAGUGCACGCUACCAAAAGAUCUGCGUGGGAGAGACAUCCGUAGCGUUCCCGUGGAAAUGUUCAACUACUGCCUCCAACUUGAAGAUGAGAACGGAGGAGGAGGGGGUGGCGAGGGUGCUCGUUCGGGACAAGGAGGCGGUCCUCCGUGCAGCAGGAGUGCUCUUAAUCCAAGUGGGGCGACACCAGUUUCUGACAACAGUGGCAACGCCGGUGACGCCUCUUCAAACACAGGAGGAGGAGCUGGGGAGGCCUCACCGGACUGCGUCCGAGCCCGUUACAGACCCGUGAGCGUGCGUCGUGCUAUCGGAACGGUGGUGAUCGCAGGCGUGGUGUGCGGCAUUGUUUGCAUCAUGAUGGUGGCUGCCGCCGCUUACGGAUGCAUCUACGCUUCUCUGAUGGCCAAAUACCAGAGAGAGCUGAAGAAAAGGCAGCCGCUAAUGGGAGACGGAGAGGCUGACGGGGACGAUAGGGACGAUAGGGAGGACAAACAGAUCUCCUCUGUGGCCUAAAAAACAAGAAUGAGACGGGGAAGGUUCGGCACGUCGAAGGGUGAAAGCACCGAAAAUAAAAGGGCUCAAAGAGGAGAGAGAUGGAAAAGCUUAGAGUUAGAGUAUCUCUCCCUCUGACUUCCAAACUGACACCUCUCUUCCAUUUUUUGUCUUCCUGUUUUCAUCCUCUAUUUUUAACCUUCUCCUGCUCUGUCCCUCUCUCCAACACACUCCCACACACACACACCUUAUCUGCUCCCUGAUUUUCUCUUCAAUUUUGGACCCAUUCUAUCUGCGGUAUUUGUUACCAAUUAUCCCUCCAAGUCGCCCACCAGCCACCUACUGCAGUUGAAUUUGCCAUUAUUUUGGCUGGCUGGUAAGAAACAUAUCACUGAAACACCCAUGCUGUAUGUUCAGUCAGUUUUUUGUAAAGCUAGACUGAAAAUUCAGGGAUUCAUAGCAUGUGUAGUGUUGAUUGGAGAAAUGCUAACAAGAUUUAGCUAAAUUUGUGCCAUCUUGUUUCUUUUUCUCAACCUCUACAAAGCCAGCGGUCGCCCAUGAGCACCAGGACCCCCAGCCCUAAACGUUUUCCUUUUUCUAUCCAUCUCCAGACCUAAUCCUCCUCUGGUUUUUCUCUUGAGACCCCAGGACAAGACCAAUAUAAAGAAAACUCUAACCUAUAACGCUGAAGGCGCUCUACAUGUCUAUCUUUGGACAGAAGGGAUGUGAACCGAUAUUUAUCAAAGGACUUCAAACAGAUGUCACCAAUUUUCAGGACCGUUUGAGGACUAAGAGCGAUCCUGAGGAGGGAACUGCGGACUGGCUAAAGAACCUCACCAGGCAGGACGAACACAAACAUAAAGUAGCAUUGACCUGAAGUUUUAUUUCAGCAUAAUUGUCCUCGUAAAGAAAAGCUUUUGUUAAUUUGAUGCUUGUAAAAUGAAUAUAAUUAAUGUCAAAAGCUUUUUGUCACAAUGGAAAAACGUCCGGGUCAGUCUUUCAUUUAAAGCAGAUGUUUUAUAUUCACCCUCUCCCCAAAAGUGAAUGUUUGCUAUGAAGGCAUGAACAACAAUCUCAGAGAACAUCAUCUCUAGUCAAAGAUUACAAAUCUCACAUAAGGACUACAAAGGUUAGACUCCUGCACUUUACUCUCCUCUUCUCCUUCUUUCUUUCAAAGACAAACAAACAGCCAAGAGGGAUUAUAAAGGAAGGGAUUAAACAUAAAAGCUGCUAUUUUACUGCCCUCAAUUAUUUAUCACUCUAUCCAUCUUUAUAUGCAGAGCUGGAAUGUUUUUCACGCUGUUUAAAGAAUUUCAUCUCAAUCCUUUAUUUUCAUCUCCUCUGCUCCAGACAUGUUUGUGUUUUCCUAAAACGUGCUGCAGUAUGCAAUGACAGUUGUCUCACCAUGUGUCUGGAUUCAGAAGUACUCUUUACUUGGCAGGGACUUUGAGUGCUUCACUUUGUGUUUCCAUUAGUAUCUUGAUUACAUCCCGAAAGAGUCACGUGCACUUUAUCAGCUUUUUGAUGUAAACGGUAAUCUCUUAAAUGAUUCAAGUAGCAUCUGUUGCAUAUUGCCUCCCUGGAAUAAAUCUACUGUAACCUUUCAGUUUUUUAAUUGGCUUGAAAUUAAUCCACGUUAACGGUGUGUUUCUAAUAUCCGAGUAUGAUACAGAUAAAUAUUAUUAUGCUAAUCUAAUAUAAUGUGUUGGCCCAGUAGUUAUGACAUGUUUCUGAUGUUUUUAUGUUUCCACUAUGAGCUCAAAGUGUAUCUGUCUUUUUGUUGUGUUCAUGAAUUCCAUGUUUUAUAUUUAUACAUCUGUGAGGUUCUUUUGCUUAUUUAUGAUUAGCAGUCGGUAACGUUUUUGUGAGACGGUUAGACAGAGUUUGGAGUGUGUGAGGGGUACUUGUACUGUCUCUGAAACUGUAAGUUAGAUUUCAUUUCUAGCUAUUCAAAUGUCAGGUAAACUCAUUUCUGGAAGUGUUGGCUAAAUCUCCUAUCCUGGUUUAAGAAAAGUGGCAUGCAUGCUUUUUGUUAAAUCCAUUUAAUUUCUGUUAUUUCAGGCAAUGCUCACUGAAUAGUCAUAAUAAAUGACAUUAGCAGUGGGUAAAAAGUACAAGGAUGGUAGAUAAAAAAGUCAAAAGUAGUCUACUACUUGGAAAACAAAUUAUGAGAAUUUAUGGAAACAGAUGCUAACUCUUAUGUCCAGAUGUUUUUUUAUAUUAAAUAAUUUUAAAUACAGAAGAUGUACCGUAGGUUUUACAUUUACUGGUUAUUUUGUCCCCAGUAAAUAAGCACAGUGAUAAGUCAGAACAAAAUGAGAUUAAAGCUGAAUUUAAAGAGACAAUGUGUAGUUUUUACCAUUCAUCUAUAGAAAUAUCCAUCGAAAUGUUGUUGAAAAUGAAUCAAAUGAUGCCCAGGUGCAAACAUAUAUUGGUGGUUUCAUAACAUAUAACCAUAAAAAUUGGGUCUAAGUGUCUGGGUGAUGCCGUAUUAGAUGUCAUGUUUCCUUCUAUGGGAGCCUGUGAGGACAAAAUGCAUUUACUGAUUUGUAACCGUUACAAAACUUUCGCCAUUCAUGAAUGUUGCUUUACAUAUUUACGUCUUCACUUGUUGCUAAUGAUGAAAGGGCGUCUGAUGUGCUUGUCAUUUGGUUGGAGGUUGGGCUACCAGGGAUUUUUGACCCUCAUGGCCAUCCGUUGGUAAGGUCUUACUCGAACACAAAAAUACUGCUUGCUUGCAAUGAUUUAGGUAUUUGCUGCCCCCUAUCGCCAGGGAAGAUACACAUUGUCACUUUAUAGGCUGAAAAUACAAAGAAUGUAAAACAUCUUUGUUAUAAAUGACUGAUUCUUACUGGUUAUACUUAGCCCAGUUUAAAGGAGACUCUUCUGGCCUGUAGUCACUAUAACUCCUUACCUGCCAAGUGCACUGAUGUGGAGAGGAUCUAACAAAACUGAUUUAAAAGACUGACAGUCACGCAUCUGUAAUGAAGACUAGUGGCAGAGGGCCCGCUCUUAAAAAAAAAAAAUGCAAAUUAAGAAAUAAAACAAGGCAGUCAGUAGUCAGGUCCUCAUGAAUGACUUUAAAAUGAAUCCCUAAGAAGCCCAAAGCAAAGAAACAUUGUUGGACUAAGAAUGCCAACAAUUCUCCUGCUUCAGGAUCUGGAACCAACACAGACUAAGAUGAAUAAACCUUACCAUCCCUCUCUGCUGUGCUUGAGCACUGUUGUUAAAGCCCCUAACUGCUGAGGAAGAUGUUUUGUGUGGGCAUGAUUAAGAAAUGCUGACAAAGCACCGUCCAGUUAACACCAGUAAUAGACUCCCUAAUCUCAGGUUCUGUUCACUCACCCACUGGAUUUGUGAAUGCUACCUUCAAAACACAAAAGUGAAGUAACAUAACUUAAAAAACGAAUAUUUGAUGACUUUGUCAUGUUUUCCAAAAGGCCAUCUGAAUUAGAAGAUGCAGUCGACUCAGUGUCAAAUCAAGUCAAGGAUUCGUUAUUCUAGACUCUUAGUCAAAUUCACAGAGGUAGAAGAACAUGGUACAGGUAAGAUCAAAUGAAAUGAGGACAAUAUGACAUGCUAAAGGGACCAAAUGAUAAUAAGAACAAGAACUAGAGAUAAUAACAGUGGUGUGAAAAUAAAGCAUAAAUUGUUGUAACUCUGUAGUCAAAAAAAAAAAGACUGCUAUAACAGUGUUUCCAGACCUUGAACGGUAGCGUGUUGCACUGGCACGGGCAUUGGUUAGAUGUAAAACAGUCACAUUUUUUGGAAUAGUUCAGCCUACAAAUACAUUUAUAAAUAAAAUGUUUUAAGACAGCUUGCAGGGUGCUCACCCUCGCAUUUUCAAAAGUCUCACUUGCACUCGUCCAUCAAAGCUUCCUUAGUGUCAAACGCAGAGCAUCAUAGUGGUAGAGUCACGUUGCUGUUAUCCAAUCCGAGGCGAGAUGUCCAAAUAUCAGGAAAUAAGACUCCAAAUCCUGCCGUCUGCUGCCACUUUCUGCUGCAGCAGACAUGCCCGUGCUGAUCUACGUGCUAAAAUGCGCUUAAAUAUUGAAAGUUUCCUGAUAAAUUUAAAUCAGGCAAUAUUUUGAUAUAAAUGUCAAAUCUAAGUCUAACUAGAAUUUCAGAGACAUAGAAGCACCCAUAUGAAAAUUAACAACUAAACUCUGUCUAGAAACAUUGUCCUCUCACAUCUCAGUCUGCAGGUCUUGUAAUGUCGGUAGCUAAGUACCUUAGCCAUAGUCCACUCCUCCUCUUAUAGCUUGUGUGUAAAGAGUUAUGAAUUAUAGUUUGGUACACUAAAACUGCAGCAGCAGCAGCCAUACUGACUGAGGGCCUUUAUGACUGCACAAACUGAAAAUCUAUGGUGUGUUGUGUUAUGAUUGUGAUUAUGACGAUGAUGGUGACAAAGCAUUUUCCUGGUCAAUAUGCAUCGAUUUGAAUAAAAACAUAUCACACCUG